AUUCAAACUAAAUCCUAUUGGUGAGGGACUCUGGGAACUAUAGUUUCCAUGCUCCCACUUGCAUUCCAAGAAUACAUGAAGGGGCAGGGCUGAUGCUCAAUUGAUAAGACUCUGGUAUAACAACAGAAGUUUGAAAUAAAUUCUUGCAAAUAUUGUAUAAGUGUAUUUUUGUCCAAUUAGCCCAUACAAUAUAUUUGCUGUAGGAUAUUGAAUCUACUAUGCUAAGGUGUAAAUAAGCCCACCAAUUUUGAGUUAAUUAGCCAGAAUUUCAGAGCACAGAGAUAGUAUUAGAAAAAGAGCCUCUGACUCAUGUCACUGGGCCUGAGAGGCAUAGGAAGUGCUUCCUGGAGCACAGAGGAGAUGCAAAUCAUGUGAGGUUGGCUUUCGGAGGAGACUAUCUUUGAAAAUGUCCCUGGAUUUACAGGUUAGAGAACAUGACAGCUCAGAAAACCAGGUGUGGAAACUGAACCUGGGGAGAAAGGGGAUCAUCAUGGCAAAUGACCUAAAUUGAUUCCUGCAUAAAAUGUUGCCAAGGGUUGAAGGGCGCCACACUAUUGUGUCAGAUAAAGGCAGAGUGCCUAGUAUUAAAGUGGUCAAUGAUAAUGCUCCAGAGCACACCUUGCAACCUGGUUUCUUAUCAGUUUUGCGUUUGCAUCAGACCAGGGGAGCAAACUUGAAUUUUCAAAAAAAUAAAAGUAAUAUCUGCUACUAUAACACCUAUCAGGUGAUUCAGUUCGAUUGUUUACCUUUGGUGGGGAGUUUCAUAGCUAACGGCAAUGCCAGUACAGGGCUGUCAGUCUAG